AAAGGGUGCUCACUGGUACCCGGACAACCAUUUCACAGACUGGUGUGCCCUAUAGGCAUCCCAGUGAUACACCAUCAGCCAGAGAGCUUGUGAACUCCUCCGAGCAGAAGGGCUCUCCCUGCCCCCUCUCCCAGCGCAGCUCGCUUUGCCCUCCGCCUCCUCUUCUCCGCCCACUCUCGCCGCGGUCUCCUGGCGGCGGAGGCUUUGUCUCGUGGGCUGGUCCCCAGCGGCUCCCUCCCCAAACAGCUGCUGCUCGAGGGAGGAAGCGGCGCGGGUGCUGUCCAGCAUCCCGGUGCUGAAAAUCGGAGGGCUCGUCAUCCACCACUACCAUGUAAGGGCCAUGAGAAGGGCUCGUCCUGGCGCAGCACGGACAUGGAGGAGGACUUAUUCCAGCUAAGGCAGCUGCCGGUUGUGAAAUUCCGUCGCACAGGCGAGAGUGCAAGGUCAGAGGACGACACGGCUUCAGGAGAGCAUGAAGUCCAGAUUGAAGGGGUCCGCGUGGGCCUAGAGGCUGUGGAGCUGGAUGAUGGGGCAGCUGUGCCCAAGGAGUUUGCCAAUCCCACCGAUGAUACUUUCAUGGUGGAAGAUGCGGUGGAAGCCAUUGGCUUUGGAAAAUUUCAGUGGAAGCUCUCUGUUCUCACCGGCUUGGCUUGGAUGGCUGAUGCCAUGGAGAUGAUGAUCCUCAGCAUCCUGGCGCCACAGCUGCAUUGCGAGUGGAGGCUCCCAAGCUGGCAGGUGGCAUUGCUGACCUCGGUGGUCUUUGUAGGCAUGAUGUCCAGCUCCACGCUCUGGGGAAAUAUCUCAGACCAGUACGGCAGGAAAACAGGGCUGAAGAUCAGCGUGCUGUGGACUCUGUACUAUGGCAUCCUUAGUGCUUUUGCGCCUGUGUAUAGCUGGAUCCUGGUGCUCCGGGGCCUGGUGGGCUUCGGGAUCGGAGGAGUUCCCCAAUCGGUGACGCUGUAUGCCGAAUUCCUUCCCAUGAAAGCCAGAGCUAAAUGUAUUUUGCUGAUUGAGGUAUUCUGGGCCAUCGGGACAGUGUUCGAGGUCGUCCUGGCUGUGUUCGUGAUGCCCAGCCUGGGCUGGCGUUGGCUGCUCAUCCUCUCGGCUGUCCCGCUCCUCCUCUUUGCCGUGCUGUGUUUCUGGCUGCCUGAAAGUGCAAGGUAUGAUGUGCUGUCAGGGAACCAGGAGAAGGCAAUCGCCACCUUAAAGAGGAUAGCGACGGAAAACGGAGCUCCCAUGCCGCUGGGGAAACUCAUCAUCUCCAGACAGGAAGACCGAGGCAAAAUGAGGGACCUUUUCACACCCCAUUUUAGAUGGACAACUUUGUUGCUGUGGUUUAUAUGGUUUUCCAAUGCAUUCUCUUACUACGGGUUAGUUCUACUCACCACAGAACUCUUCCAGGCAGGAGAUGUCUGCGGCAUCUCCAGUCGGAAGAAGGCCGUAGAGGCAAAAUGCAGCCUGGCUUGCGAGUACCUGAGUGAGGAGGAUUACAUGGACUUGCUGUGGACCACCCUCUCUGAGUUUCCAGGUGUCCUUGUGACUCUGUGGAUUAUUGACCGCCUGGGGCGCAAGAAGACCAUGGCCCUGUGCUUUGUCAUCUUCUCCUUCUGCAGCCUCCUGCUGUUUAUCUGUGUUGGAAGAAAUGUGCUCACUCUGUUACUCUUCAUUGCAAGAGCGUUUAUUUCUGGAGGCUUUCAAGCGGCAUAUGUUUACACACCUGAGGUCUACCCCACGGCAACACGGGCACUCGGCUUGGGCACCUGCAGCGGCAUGGCAAGAGUGGGUGCUCUCAUCACUCCAUUCAUCGCCCAGGUGAUGCUGGAAUCCUCUGUGUACCUGACUCUGGCAGUUUACAGUGGCUGCUGCCUCCUGGCUGCCCUGGCCUCCUGCUUUUUGCCCAUUGAGACCAAAGGCCGAGGACUGCAGGAGUCCAGCCACCGGGAGUGGGGCCAGGAGAUGGUCGGCCGAGGAAUGCACGGUGCAGGUGUUACCAGGUCGAACUCUGGCUCUCAGGAAUAGUGACCGAUGGGGGACUGAGCUGGUCUUUGAGGCUGCAGAGCUCGGGGGGCUGGCGGGCCCCAACUGGGGCACUGAUUGUCACUGCCGACAUCAAGAACUCACCCAAGAGUAUGACCUGGACCAACAGGGUUUUGUGUCUUGACUCAGUUUGCUCAUCUUCAUUGAGGCCACCCAGGGAUGGGGAGGUAUUUGCUCUAGGGGGUUCUCUGGAUAUGUGGUGAAAGCUUUGUUCAUAACCUGUGGAUCUACAUGGGAAAACUCCCCAUAUUAGGAGGGUCUGGUAAUGCCAGCAACCAAUCAGACACCACCCAGAGUCACCCGGCCAAACCCUCAGUGAACAACCAAAAUAUCUCUCUGUAGAUACCGUCCAGGCUCAGGCCCAUGUGACACCUGCUGUCCAUCCAUCAGACCUGUUCAGUAGGUUUCUCCCACACCCACAGCCCCAGGCUUUCUUCUUUGAAAUUGCAGGUGAUCUAGGUGUGGUCCGAGCAGCUAUUUCCUGGCAGGGGCCCCCCUGGUUUGCCUCCCUAGAGCCUGACCAGUGGAUUCUCUGGCAGAUGGACAUGGUGCAUUCAAACUGGAGCCACGUGCCCCCACCCAGCCCCCUCUAGAGUUGCCGUUGUUGGCACCAAGAGAUCCAGAUGUGUCCCUGGGGACAGCUAGACUUGCACCGGGUGACAACCUCAGAACGCUGUUACCCCCUGGGAACUGAGGACUGAGGCCAAAGUGAAUGAAGCUCAAGCUAGAGCACGGGCCUCCCCUUCUGAAGCAGUGAAGGCCACAGUUCCAGCUUCUUUCCUGGCCCCCUCCUUGGUCAGGCUGAAUGGUGAUUUUUUUUUUUUUUUGAGACGGAUUCUUGCUCUGUCGCCCAGGCUGGAGUGCAGUGGCGUGAUCUCGGCUCACUGCAACUCUGCCUCCCGGGUUCAAGCAAUUCUCCUGUCUCAGCCUCCUGAGUAGCUGGGAUUACAGGUGCCCACCUGUACUUUUUAGUAGAGACAGGGUUUCACCAUGUUGGCCAGGCUGGUCUCGAACUCCUGACCUCAAGUGAUCCACCUGCCUCGGCCUCCCACAGUGCUGGGAUUACAGGUGUGAGCCCCUGCACCUGGCCUGAAUGAUGACUCUUGAGGGGAAAAAGUUUACUCAGGUUGCAGGUACAAAAUCCAAAAUCCAGGGCUUUGGGUUUUGUGCAUGGGUAGACAGCUGAAUGGGCAGAGAAACCAAAAGGAUGCUACACCCACCAUCUUGUCCCAUGGAGAUCAGGGGACCAGGAUUCCCUGAUGUGAAGCUGCUCCUCUGUCCAGGGACGUCUUGGUCAUUACACAAAGGCAGCCCCUGGGGUUCCAUUCAUGGAGGCUGCCGUGGAGUGGAGAGGGGUGGGAGGACUCAGGUGUGUGAAAUGUAUAUGUUUUCAAAGGAAGAGGAGGGAGGCCAGUUGGUUGUGAGUUGGUCUCCGCAGGCGACAUCACUCCUGGGAUUUGGUUUACUGGAGCCUUUUUUCCCCAUAGUGAAGGCAGGGGACAUAGACAAGGAGGGAGGAAGCUGGCAGAUCCCAUCAAAGGCCAGAGCAGACAGAUCUACUGCUUGAAGUAAACAUUGCAAGGAAGCCAAUUUGUGCGUUCAUCUCUUAUUAAAACAUGUCAGUGAUGGACAUUG